AUUCAACAUAAAUUAAGCAACAAUAAUAUUGCUAAAUAUGUCAUCGCUGGUGAAUCUGGAGCUGUUGGAUAACAAUGAAGCGCAAUGUCCGGUGCCGCGUUGUCAGCUAAAGCUGAAGCCGCUGGAGCUGCUAACGCAUCUGCUCAUGUUCCAUCGCCCCGAGCAGUCUAUGCUGGAGGUUGGGCCGGGCUGGCAUACAGUCUAUUUUAUGGAAUUAGCAAAGCUAAAGCCCAACUGCAAUCAUGUGGUGGCCGUUAUGGCCUAUGCAGGCAGCACAGACAGCACACGCAGCCGUCCGGUGGGUCCGGAGCUGCAGCUGGUGCAUCAUCUGCCGCUGAUACUGAUGCUCUAUGUCAGUCCACUUGACGAGCAGCUGGAGCAGCUCUAUGUGCUGUAUCUGGUGAGUCUGGUGGCUUCCAGCAGCGUCAGCGCACGCGUCUGCCUGCUGAACGAUGUGAACGGACGCGAAGUGCGUGGGCAGCGCUGCUUGCGCAGCUGCUUGCAGGCACCGCUGCAGGACAGUUCAGAGCUGCUGCAUAGCAAUCUGGACUAUCUGGUGUAUACAGCUACAGAUGUGUGGGAGCACUGCAGCGUGGACGAAAGCCACUACCUCAAGUUUAAGGUAACGCUGCAGGGUGAGCCAAAUAUCUUUGAGCAGCAGCAGCAGCCAACGCAGCAGCCCAAGCAGUGAGUCAUGGCCCACUAGACACUUAAUCCUGCACUGACGCACACUUGAGCUUUUGUUGAGUGCCUGUCAAUAAUUUUUGUUGUUGUUGCGUUUUAUAUUUCAGCUGUCAGUAAAAUUGUU